AGGUUGUCAUCCAUUUAUUUACGGUGUCUUAAGUUGGUUCAAGACGUGUAUGAUAACAUGAUUUUUCACAUCGCAAAACGGCUUGCGGUUAUUCCUAAGGAAUAAUUCCAUUAAUGAUUGGAUGGAUUUAUCAAAACAUAUUUUAGAUCCUUGAUAUCAUUGUGACAGCGUUGACAAAUUGGUAUAUGACUUCGGGAUGGUGACAACUCAUUUUCCUAAUAUUGAACCAGGUUGAAAUGAUAAAUCCCUUUUCUUUUGUAGUAUUCGUAGUAUUAUUCAUUGGUGGAGUAUUGAAUUUUGAUCGAAGAGGAAUUUUGAAGUCCUGUGAUGACCAGGAAUUUAUAUUCAAAGGACAUUUUAUAAUUACAUUCACAUCGGGGACUUUUGAUCAUGAAUCAGCAAUUUUCACACAUCAAUUUUCAUCUUCCUGUAAGAUGUUUAUUACAUAUCCUGGACUUCGUUUGCGAGCGAAAAUCGUUUAUAAACCAACCAAAAUUGGCUGUCAACAUGGGUAUCUAAGUGUCGGAAAUGACAAAUAUCGUCCAGAUAGAGCUUCGUUAACCUCAUACCAAUUUUGUGACCACACAGAGAAUAUUGAAAUAGUGUCGAGGUCAAACGUAUUAUGGGUCAUGAUCAAAAGACGUUUUGAUCAGAUAGUUGAAGGUCAUAUUGAAAUACAAUCGAGCACACCAGUGUUUUGCCAUGAUUCUCAAUAUCAAUGCUCUCCGGUACAGUGUAUACCGAUGACGUCAUUAUGCGACAAUGUAAAGGACUGUGAUAAUGGUAGAGAUGAAUAUUGUGAUUCUGUUGACUCAGAUAGAUGUUUUCUAUGUGGAGACGGGACAUGUAUAUCCCCAACAUUACCCCGAUAUCACUAUAAUUGGGGGAAACCUUUUUGGUAUAUCUGUGAUGGGUUUACUCACUGUAAAGACGGCAGUGAUGAACAGGAAGAUCGAUGUAAAGAAUCAUGGAGUCUGGAGUCUGAUCUCCAUUCAUGUACUUCAGAUUUUUCGGGAAAAUCAUUUCUUACGUGGGAUGAACAUCAAUGUUCCAAGAAAGAAAACUGUUUUCCAGCUGAUGAUUGUCUUCAUAAUUCAGAUUUACAGAAGAUUGAUAACACGUCCAUUGCCAUUGUUGUUUGUGCCUUCUUUAUUGUUUUGGUUUUUGCCAUAUGCUUCAUUGUAAAAUCAGGUAAAAAAAGGAAACGACGACAUCAACAAUCUGAUGGAAUUUCUUCCGGAUGUCAGAUAUACAGAGAUAAUACAUCAGAUAAUAUUACAACUCGAAUACAAAGUACGGAAGACGAACUGCAGACUUGAAAAUGAAGGAUGGAAGAUUUCAAUGCCUCAAAGGUGUAAUUGCUUCGAUAUAAUGUUUUAUCUUUUAUAUUAAAAAAUAAGAAAUACAGUUGUUGUUCCGGAAACUGAUAUUAAUAUCUGCUUGUAUAACACAGAUCGAGCCUCUUUACAUUUUUUAGACAAAUUAAAUAUGUCAUAUGAACAAAGAUCUGUUUCACACAGAUUUUAUUGUGAUCAAACAUGUAAAACUACAUUAUAAAAUAAAACAAAGGACUACUUAGUGUCCGAUGAAAACACAGUGAAAAUACAGAGUAUUGUAUUCCUGUAACUCAUUUUCCCAACUAAACUUUGUUUUGCAAGAACCUUCUU